AUGGAACAGGGGAAGAAGGAGCGGAAGACCAGGAAGAAAGCGCCCGACCCGCCGCCGUACGCGCUUGCCGGGUACGUCGAUUUCUACAACCGGCAAGUCCAGGAUUUCUUCAGCGUCAACGACCCGUGGGACCAGACGUUGCCGGCGCUGGUCAUCACCAGUGACGGGCGGGUGUUUGACGGCGACUCGGGCCACCCGGGGCUGUUGUGGCUGCCACAAGAGAAGGAUAAGUUCUACCGGCUAUUGGAACGCUAUCUGAUCCACCGCAUCGACAUGAUUGCCGAGCAGUUGCCGCUGAAGCUGGCGGAGGAGAUCAUGGUCUACUAUAACGUGCUCCGCAAACUGCUCCAACGGGCGAAGCGCAAGGGACGCCGCCAAGAGUACCCGUAUACGGUGACCAAGAGACGCAAGACGAAACACUUAAAGGGGUACCUGGCGCUGGAAUUGGUUACCUAUGACGAGAUGCCCAUCGCCUACGAGAUGAGCGAAGGGUACCUCAUAUUUGAAGAUAUCCAGAGUAAACGGAUGACGGAUUGGGAACCGCCCGACUGCUCGCUACACCAGCUCGAGGAGGAGUGGGCGGCGACACGGGGGGGGCCGAUGCCGCCAAAUUUACGUUUCCCGGAGCUCUUACGCCACCCGUCGACGAGAAUCGCCCGCUUAUGGCGAGAAAUCUACCCGAAACAGAACGUGCUUCCCGAGCCGAUACAGAGACCGUGGCUCACGCCGCCGGCGGGGGAUGGCCAGGAGGGCACCAUCGAGCUCUCGGCGGGGGCGGCGCUUUUGCUCGAGCAGUUGGUGGUGGCGAUGACGACGAACAUCAUCACCGAGAUCGUGGCGAUGAAGGCGCUCCAGUACCCUGACCCCCCCUUCGACGGCCACGGCACCUAUGACCAGUGGUUGCAGCGGACGCUGGCGCGCCAGGAGGCGAAGUGGGUCAUCGCCGACGACGUCUACGACGCCCUCAACCAGAUGCGGCUCCGCAACCCGGAGCAGCUCAGCAAGCCGAUGUACUGGGCGGGACUCAGCCAGCGGCUCCGCCUCCCCUUCGACUUCGAGAUAUUGUCGCAGGGGAAGCUUGUCCGCAACUACCUUUCGCCAGAGGAGUCGGCGCGGUUGUUUUUCUCCCAGAGAGGGUGGCUUCACUACAACUGGUUUGGCGGGAUCAAACUGAUGCCGAUCGACGUCGAGUACGAGCGCAAACUCUUCCCCACGCCCCCGGAACUGGUGGCGCCGCCGCAACGGUACCCGGUACCGGCGGACACGGUGCUGAUCCACGGGAUCAGUUCUCGAGAACCCCAAGAAAAGGACCUAUCGGAGCCCGACGAUUUGAUCGAAGUGGCCAUCACUGACGACGAUACCAGUAAAACGAUGGCGGCGAUGGAGGAGCUCGAACGGGCGGAGACGGAGCGGGUCGACUACAAGGAUAUCGUCGACCUGAUUGGCCACGAACACGCGUUGCUCACCAUGAUGCUGAAGGGAGUGACCCUUCCCCAAUACGACAAGUAUGCCCACUAUGAAGUCAUCGACGAGUGGCGGCGGCGGCACCGCGCCCCGAAGCUAUUACGCAAUUUCUUGAAGAAACACGACACCUACGAGCGGCGCCAGCAGUUCUAUAAGGCGGUGGCCGACCACAUGGACAUCGACUACCCCGACCCGUUCCCCUGGGAACGCGGGCCCGACUACUACUCCUCCGAAGACGACGACAAGUAUAACAGCGACGACGACCACUACUACCACUACGACACAGACAACGCCGACGACAGCGACGCCGACGACGUCCCCAUCCUCUACACCGAGGGGAAAUUGGAGAGCUGGGUGCCGUGUCUCCAAUGCCAGCAAAAAGUGGUCUACGCCCAAAACGACGGCUAUUGCAGCGGCGACCGCCCCCAGUGCCUCCGGUGCUAUAACGAAGGCAUCGAGUGUACCUACGCCACCGAUGUGUACAACAAUCAGAAAACGUGGAGGAAACGCCCCCGGCGGGCGCCGUUGUUCCCCGACUACCAGCGGCGGCCGUGUGCCGCCCACCACAAGGCUAUGUGUCCCGAGUGUACUCUAAGCGGCGAAUAUGGCGUCAACCCUUACUUGGUGAGAGGUAAAUGGAAACCCGCCUGCUUUGGCUGGGAGAAGGUCCUUAAACGGAAAGAGGCCCUCAUCGCCAAAGGCGGUAGCGUUGACGAUAUUGACGACGGCGAUGAUGACGCUGGCAAUGCCGAUAAUGCCGAAAAUGACGACAAUGACGAGAAUGCCGACGACGGCAACGCCAACAAGUACAACGACAACGACAAAGACAACCCAUUAACUGACUUGCGCUUCCAUACGGGCAAGAUACAGUACCGUGAUGACGACGAGGAAGAAGGCUGUGAACUAUGCCGGGACCGGCGGAUAAAGUGCCCCAAGGGCUACCCUUGUUCCAAUGAUUCGGCGACUAAAUGGCUUUUGGAUAGCAACGGCGGCUGGGGGGGCACUAACCGUGGUAGUGGUGGCAAAAAUGGUGGUCUUCCUGCACAUGGACCAUCCGAGCACGGUGAUGUCAUCGAUCCAGACAUGCCUAACCACCACAGCAGCAAUGUUGAACGAGAACCCCCGCGUCUUGCGGGCACACCCGGCUCGGUCGCCGUGGCCAAGGAGACGUUGGCGUGGUACUCGCGCCAAUUCCCCGAAUACCCCCGCCACCAUUAA